UCAAUUCAUUCAUAGGAACGCUUUGCAUUUAACGUUCAGUAACGAUAACGGCGUUGUAACGACGGAAACAGUCAUUAAUUAUAAUUUAAAAUAUGAAUUAAUUAAUGGUAAGCAGGGAUUAACGGUCAAAUAUUGGUGUAAAAGGAAAACACUUGAAUUAAUAACAGAAAACGAAAUACUUGAGGUCCUGGCUUAAAGAGAAUGUACUACUUAACACUGUCUUUAUUGUACAUUUAUGUUUAGUUGUAAGACAAACAUAUGGUUAUGUUAUCUCACAUUUUUGAUGGCAUCCAAAAAAUCAAGGGAAAAAAAUGAAAUAGAAUAAUCCAAUAUGAAUCAUGCUAUUGCAUUUUUAUUUAACAUUUCACUUGUUGAAGUCUUAUAAUACUUCCUUACAUGUACUGAGAAACUGCCUUUAUAAAGACGGAAGGAAGAAAAUCUCCCACAAAACGAAUCAACAUUUGUGUGAUUGCUGAGUUACAUUUCACAAUUGUUGCAUAAGGUGUGGGAAACGUCGCUUUAUAACCGGAAAUAACACCAGUUCCUCUUGUUUCUGUUUGUUACUCAAUAAUACAGAAGUAAUGUAGCGUCCAUUACCGCAGGGGCGCUGUUCUCUGUUUAUGUUUUCAAUGACACAACCUCACAAUCCAAUAUGGCCGUGCAGUGAGAGGAAUGCAAGUACAGCUCAAAAGCUCAAAUGAGAAAUAGUUUUGAAUCGUGAAGUUUAUUUUUUAUAUCGAAGUGAACUCCUGGGUAUGCAAUGUGGCUGACAUUUCACACAGUGUGUUUAGGAAGCCGGACAGCGUGCAGAAGAAGCGUCGCUGCUGCUCUUUCAAAGUGUUCAAGGCACAGGGGAAACGUGUCUCUCCUCAGUCAGUCAGCUGCAGCACACACAUGCAAGGCUCUUCAGUUCAGGAAUCACGGAGACCCUUCUAAAGUCGUACAGUUAGAGGAGGUAGAUCUGCCCCCUAUAGGUGAAAAGGAUGUCCUGGUUAAAAUGCUUGCAGCUCCAAUAAACCCAUCUGACAUCAACAUGAUUCAAGGUACAUAUGCCAUCCUGCCUGACCUCCCAGCUGUUGGGGGCAACGAAGGUGUGGCCCAGGUGGUAGAGGUGGGCCACCAGGUGACGUCCCUCAAAACAGGGGACUGGGUUAUUCCCAAAGACGCUGGUCUAGGCACGUGGAGGACAGAGGCAGUGCUAGCAGAGAAUGAUGUCAUCUCGCUGCCCAAUGAUAUUCCCAUGCUGUCAGCCGCAACAUUGGGGGUGAAUCCCUGUACCGCCUUCAGAAUGCUCUCUGACUUUGUAGAUCUCAAGCCAGGAGAUUCUGUGAUCCAGAACGCAGCCAACAGUGGAGUCGGGCAGGCUGUAAUUCAGAUUGCUGCUGCGAGGGGAAUAAACACUAUCAACGUCAUCAGAGACAGACCAGAGUUCACGCAGCUCAGUGAUAGGCUGAACGCCAUGGGAGGAACUCAUGUGAUCAAAGAAGAAGCACUGAGGCGGCCUGAGACGAGGGAACUGUUCAAGACCUUUCCAAAGCCUAAACUGGCGCUGAAUGGAGUCGGCGGCAAGAGUGCAACAGAGCUGCUCCGUUAUCUACAGUUUGGAGGAUCUAUGGUGACGUAUGGAGGGAUGGCCAAACAGCCAGUAACUGUUCCUGUGAGCGCUCUUAUUUUCAAGGAUGUGAAGGUUCAGGGAUUUUGGGUCACACAAUGGAAGAGAGAUCACUCAAGUGAUGGAAGGGCAUUCAGAGCCAUGCUGGAUGAACUGUGCCAGCUCAUCCGACAGGGGAAACUGACAGCACCUGCCUGCACUGAAGUCAGCCUCAAAGACUUCAACAAAGCUCUGGAUGCAGCUAUGCAGUCUUUCACCUCGGCUAAACAGGUCUUCAUUAUGUGAACAGACCCACCAACCAAUCAGUUCACAGUCAUGAGUGUAACCCUAGGACUGCCACAUUAUUGCCAAUGUGUGAAUCAAGCCCACUGAUGCAGCACAUGGUCAAUAAAUGUGUUCCCACAACAGGCUCAAA